GCGGAUCGCCAAGCCUUUGCAACGCUUUGUCUCCCCGCUGGGGCCAUGGCGAAUGUGGAUCUUGCUGCUCGCCGCCGCCUAUGGAAAGGAGGUUGUGGUCAAGAGCAACCAGUCAUGGAGGCUCGGCCGGGAGCAGCUGCUCACCUGGACCGCCCGCUGUCCACCCACACGGAGCCGAAGCUUCGGAAGCCGCUUCCGGCGCCUGAAGGUGCUGGUGGUGGGCCAGCGGCAGCGCUUCUACUUGUCCAGCACCUUGCUCCAUGUAGUGGCACCUGCGGCAAAGAAGUACAUAGUGGAGGUGCACAUCCUGUUGAGCUGGCAGCCAGCUCGCGCAUGGGGUGCCGCAGGCAAGGGCAGCAAAGCCGUGUGGAACGCCGCGUGGCUGCGCCCAGAGCCCGAGCCCAGCAGUGCCGAACUGAGCCCGGAGCAGCUAGCGCAGGCGGCGGUGCAAAGCGGCUGUACUGCAGGGGCGGCGCGGGUCUUUGUAGCGCUGCUAGACUCUGACCUGCGCCUGGAUGAGGUGCCUGACCAAAUGCGCUGGCGCGAAGCCACCGUGCUGCCACUGCUGCGGUGGCGCAAGGUGCAGCUGCUGUGGGAGUUGCUGAAGUCAGAGGCUUCCAGCUCAGGCAAUGACUAUUACUUGCUGAUCCGGGAGGACACGGAGUGGGUGGGGGAUUUCAACCUGAGCAACUUCAUCACUGGAGAAGUAGCUCGCAGACAGGUCUUUGCCGCCCGCAUGGGGGGCCUCUGCAUGGCCCCUGACCCGCAUGGCCGGGCCUCCGACCGGGUGCUACGUCAUGGUGUGCCCUGUUUUGAACGGCUCCAGCCGCGCUGUGAUUUAUGACAUCUCCACAGUCGAAUGUUUCGAAGGUAUUCCAUAUACUACGAUGUCGCCGACCCAGCCCUGGAUGACGUUGAGGAUGUCGAAGAGUUCAUACAGCGCGCUGCAACCUUUAAGGGUAUCGACCUACAAGUGGUGGAUAACGCCUUCUUCCCCUUCUUCCUGACGCUUCACAUGGGCCUUUCCGAAUCCGGGCGGGCUGUGCAGUGUUUACGGGGCCCGCAGCAGCAAGACUUGGAGGAGCCAAAGAGCUCUUGUGUGCAGCGUGAUAGGCUGCGGCAUCCCUUGUGCCAAGACCUCGCAAAAGGCAACGUCUAGGGCUUCCACCCC